AUGUCGAAUAAUUCAUACAAUCUUAAUGUUGACCAUAGUUUUGAUUAUAUUCUUCUUGUUCGUCUUGUUGUUUGGGGAUAUGUUGGCAUGGCAUUAAGCUUAUUUGGUAUUGUCGGAAAUCUGAUAACGAUACUUGUACUUAUGUCGUCAUCAUUGCGCACAAUAUCAACAAAUAUUUAUUUAAUUGCAUUAUCAUGUUCAAAUAUUCUUUUUCUUCUUAUAUUUCUCCCGUCCUAUUCAAUAAGAUAUUUAUUAGGCUAUAAUGCAUAUAUAGCAAAUCAAUCUCCAUCGGCAUUUGAAAUUCUUCUUACACGUUUACCAAUUACUCCUGUGUAUAAUACAAUAAUUUUAUCAAUUAUAUAUUUAACAAUAGGUUUGUCAAUCGAUCGUCUCAUAUUAAUCAAAUUUCCAUUAAAAGCAAAAUGCAUAUUAACAAAACGUGUCACUUUAAUGACGAUACUAUUGAUUUACAUCUUUUCUAUUAUUUAUUGUAUACCGUAUUGGUUAGAGCAACGUUAUGUACCAGAAAUACAACAAUGUCGUCUUACAAAUAUAGGUAAAAAAAUUCAUAAAUAUACAAGAAUAUAUAUGUAUAUACCAAUUGUUCAUGUCAUACCAUUUGUUACAUUAACAUGUAGCAAUAUAACAAUAAUACAAUAUUUAAUUGCAACAAAACGCCGAAAACAAAGCUUAUGUGGAAAAAAAAACAAGAAAAUAGAUAAUGAUUAUCAUAUAACAUUAAUGGUUGUAGUAAUGACAAUUGUGCUUGUUUUAUGUCAAUCACCGUUACUUAUAUUAAACGCCUGGCAUACUAUUGAUCCACAUGGCUCAUAUAAAAGUUUAAGAUUUCAUACAUUAAAUUCAUUUGGAAUUUUAUUAAUUGUAUUUCAUAUAUCAACAAACUUUUUAAUUUGUUUGGUUUUUAGUAAAAAAUUUCGAUCAACAUUAAUUCAAUUUUUUUUAAAUAUUCUUUCAAAAGAUCAACAAAAUUUCGAUACACAUACACAAACUUUAUAA